GCAUAAUGGGACCUGGUGAUAGCCAUGAAGCAAUUGAUGAGGAUAUUAUUCUCGAGGAUUUGAAGGUUUCUCAGGCUAUGUCAAACAGCUAUCCGAAAGUCCUAUUAUCAUCAACUGUUAAUGAGGCUGUAAAAAGCAUGAACGAUGGCCAACAAAGUUGUGUGCUGGUUGUAGAUCGUGAAGAUCACUUGGAAGGGAUUCUGACCUAUGGUGACGUUAAAAGGGGCAUUCUUAAGACCCCUAAUGGAUCCUCCGACAGUGGUUCAUCAACUUCAGAUUUAAGUGAGUAUUUGGUCUCUUCCAUCUGCACUCGAGGGAUAAACUAUCGUGGAAGAAAGCGUGGACUUCUAACUUGUUAUCCCGAUACAGAUUUGGCAAUU